UGAACUUCCUCAUCGUUAACACUUCCUGUACUCGAGCUGUUGCUUGUUGAUUACUUGACAUAAACCAACGAAGCAGAGACAGAAGAAAACUGAAGUGAGAAUGAAUACUGAACAUGAGAUCGAUCUUCUAAUCGAAGAGAUUCGUCGUCUUGGAUCUUCAGGUGCAGAUGGAAAAAUUAGGGUGAAAUUUGGAAUGCUGUUCUCUGAUGAUAAAUGCACCAAUCUUUUUGAGGCCCUGGUUGGCACCCUAAGAGCCGCAAAAAAGAAGAAGAAGGUCAACUUCGCUGGAGAACUGCUGCUUCAAGGAGUUCAUGACGAUGUUGACAUUAUCUUAGAAACGGAUUGAAGAUGGGCUGACUCCAGAUUGCGCCUGCAGCACUAGCAACAUCCGAAAUCUCUGGGAUGGGUUUGUAACCAGGACUAAACAUUUUUUGACAUUUAAUUUAUAAUACUGUUGAAAUCUUGGAUUUCUAAUUUGUGCAUUUCAGUUGAGUGGCUUUGGAAUCCACAGCAAUAAAAUGAUAUUUGUCUGCC